AUGGCAAAAUUGACUGAUGAUGCCGACUACGAUGCCGGCGAAACGUCUGAGAAUGUACCAAAUCGACUGUCUGAUGCUGGGAAUCAUGACGACUACUCUGGCAGAGGACUUCGGACUAGGUGCGUUCUACAUAGUCGCCCUGACAACAAGACCAAGUUGUGA